AUGGGGUUCUUCUCGUCAAGGAAGCCCCACGAUGACUACGUUGUCACCGACAAAUCCGUUGUCCAUGUCAUCCGCUCACGUUUUUACGGCAGAAACAAGGGAAAGGAACGCGAAGAUGCCAAUCCUACCUUUGUCGAUACGGGCAAGUCGGCGGCACAAGCCUUGGCUCAGCCGUCUCCGAUACAUACAAAUGGAACUGACGCUGUGGCGACCUCGUUGCAUAAAAAGACGGGACCUCGCGCACGAAACAGUGUUCAUGGCCAACCAGGGUCCGCUGCUGCAAAAUCUGCUACCAACAUGCCAUCGUCGUCGCCACUACGGAAGGACACAAAGGACGAUAGUACCACUGCAGUUUUUUCAGCGAGAAAAACCAUGGCGACGCUGGCGCAACGGCUGAACGAGUUGGCAGUGGCAAAUUCAGACGGCUUGCUGAACGAUGAUGAAUACCGAAUGCUGCGGCAGAGUCUAUUUGAGAGGUUUGCGAGCAGCUCGGCUGUGCCUUCUGAGGAACCUGUUGUUCCCGUCAACCGGCAUCAAGCACGUGGAAGUGAGAGUAGUAAAAGACUGUCAUCAAGCUCACGGCCUUCUAAUUUUGUGGUCGACGUUCCCCGUUCCCCUUCAGUACGGUCGCGCAACUCAGUGGCCUCAGGCAUGACGGGUCUGUUCCGAAAAUCUGCAGUUGCUCGAACACAGUCUGGGUCGAAAGAUGUCAACGAGACAUCCAGCAUUUUCUCUUCAGCAUCUAGUAGUUCCAAUAUUUUCAAGCUUCCCCGGCUCAUCAAGAAGUCGAGUGCGUCGUCGGUGACGUCCACACAGACGGAAGCAUCUCGACCGACAGACACGAUUUCACUGUCUUCUCGCCGGACGGGGUUAAGCGCCCUCGAACGGCACGAUCAUCCUAGCAUGCCCCACCUUCCCUCCUCUCGUUCCACCACGUCAAGUAUCAGACGAUACAUUACCCCGCCCUCCGCAUUUCCUGGUGCAAGAGCGCUUGCAACCGACCCCAAGUAUUCCGGGACCAUGAACGAUGUCCUCGACGAAGGUGACCUCAAAUCUUCUGAGGAGAUAAAACAAGAGAUUUCAGCUGUUGAGUCGGAGCGAAUGCGUCUGAUGGAUGCGUUUCAUGGGCUUGAGGUAACCGCAUUAACCAAGAAACACCAUCAAAGACAAGGAAAGAUCUAUGAAGAUAGUAGUGGCGGGGACGUGUCAACAUGGACCUUGAUACCUGAUUCACGGAGCCAAAGGCGGAUGGCUAUGGGUAGCGCCGAUAGCGAUGUUACAUCAAUACGGUCGGGUACAUCUAUCAACACGACGUACACAGGAAGGAGAGUCGUGCGUCAGAAGACGACUUCGAGCCUCGCAACACCAUCAAGACCUGGAUCGUUGCAUAGAAAGAACUCCGUUUCAAGCGUGUCAUCAGGGAGGGCUGCUGCUGCUGCUGGCGGUGGACUGGCACCACCACCUGUGCCGUCUUUGCCCAUGGGGAUGUCACUCAACCAGGGAUACAAUGCUAGUGGCUCUAAUAUUAACUUAACAAGGAGCCCAGGUCCUCCAUCCAUGUAUUCGGUGCCGGAAGACGAAAUCAGGUCCGUCGAUGGUAAAUCUACGCCUGGCAGAUCUGGCAAGAAGGAGAUGGAUGAGAUGGAGGAUGAGAUGGAGCAGAAAAUGGAGGAUAUACGGCGGCGACGCGAGGAAGUGAGUAUGCGGUAUGAGGCACGUCUCGAGUAUCUGCGGGCCAAGCUGAAGGGGGCUCAGUUACACGAGAAGUUGAUGAAAAAGUGA